AUGUCUGAGCAAGACCUUCAUCAAAUUGAAUACAUUGAAUUGAGAAGCAGAUUUAAAUACUACAUCGAUGUAUAUAUUGCAUUGUAUCAACUGAAAACGGAAAACAAAGAAGAAUUAAACUCAAUUUACAAAAUGAUCAAAACCGAAUUGAUUGAUUCAAAGAAUUAUCGACCACAAAAUAUAAUCAAAGAUAUUUUAGAUAUAAUCCCAUAUAAUAAUCGCUAUAUAAAGUCAUAUUUAUAUCUUGCCAAACUCGUAUAUGAUGAUUAUAAUGUCACAUAUGUCAAAGUUGAACAUAUUUCAAACUUCCUGUUUUACAAAGAAUUUGGAAUUAAAUUAGACGAAUCCGAUGAUUUCAAAAUAACUCAAUAUGAAGAUCUCGAUAUUUAUGCAAAAAAUACAAUUCCCAGAGCAAUUAUGGAUGAUGAUAAAGAAAGAUUCAUCUGCUUCAUUGAAAGCGAAAGAUUUGACGAAGAUCAAAAAUUUUAUAGCAAAUUUUUCCCAGAAUCUUAUGAAGUAUAUUCAUUACUUGAAUUAUGUUGUUACUAUGGAGCUGUUGAUUGUUUCAAGUUAUUAAUAACUAAAUUUAACUCAAAAAUAACUCAAGCAUGUCUAAAAUAUUCAAUUUUAGGAGGAAAUCCAGGUAUCAUUAGUGAAUGUUUGAAAUAUCAAAAACCAAAUGAAGAAUGCAUGAGAUAUGCAAUUAUUUCACACAACAUUGAUUUUGUUACGUUCUUGAUGAAUGAAUACAAUUUAGAGAUCGAUUUAGAAGAUUGUGAAAUUUACAAUAAUCUUGAAUCCUUUUUAGUUUAUUUUGAUCAAACUAAUGAUGUUAGCAAAUGCUUUAUUAUUUCAGCAAGGUUCAAUAUUCCAUCUCUCUGUGAAUAUUUCCUUUCUAUUGGUGCAAAUAUCAAUGAAAAAGAUAAAUAUGGACAAACAGUUCUUCAUUAUGCAGCAGAACAUAAUAGUACAGAAACUGCUGAAUUUUUUAUUUCACAUGGUGCAAAUAUCAAUGAAAAAGAUAAUAAUGGAGCAACAGCUCUUCAUUAUGCAGCAAGAUCUAAUAGAAAAGAAACAGCCCAACUUCUUAUCUCACAUGGUGCAAAUAUCAAUGAAAAAGAUAAUGAUGGAAAAACCGCUCUUCAUUAUGCAGCUCAGAAUUAUAGUAAAGAAACUGCUGAACUUCUUAUUUCACAUGGUGCAAAUAUCAAUGAAAAAGAUAAUAAUGGAGUAACAGUUCUUCAUAUUGCAGCAGAAAAUAAUUGUAAAGAAAUAUCUGAACUUCUUAUUUCACAUGGUGCAAAUAUCAAUGAAAAAGAUAAAUAUGGACAAACAGUUCUUCAUUAUGCAGCAAGAUCUAAUAGUACAGAAACUGCUGAACUUCUUAUUUCACAUGGUGCAAAUAUCAAUGAAAAAGAUAAAUAUGGAGAAACCACCCUUCGUUAUGCAGCAAGAUUUAAUAGAAAAGAAAUAGUUGAACUUCUUAUUUCACAUGGUGCAAAUAUCAAUGAAAAAGAUAAAUAUGGAGCAACAGCUCUUCAUAAAGCAGCUCAGAAUUAUAGUAAAGAAACUGCUGAACUUCUUAUUUCACAUGGUGCAAAUAUCAAUGAAAAAGAUAAAUAUGGAGCAACAGCUCUUCAUUAUGCAGCUCAGAAUUAUAGUAAAGAAACUGCUGAACUUCUUAUUUCACAUGGUGCAAAUAUCAAUGAAAAAGAUAAUAAUGGAGUAACAGCUCUUCAUUAUGCAGCAAGAUCUAAUAGAAAAGAAACAGUUGAACUUCUUAUUUCACAUGGUGCAAAUAUCAAUGAAAAAGAUAAUAAUGGGAGCAACAGCUCUUCAUUAUGCAGCUCAGAAUUAUAG